UAAGUUGUACACUUGUUCAGUUGUUUGAAACACUGCCUCCUCUGUUUUUUUUUUCCUCUCUCUCUCUGUCUCUUCAUCUGUUUUUCUCUGAUUUAAAGUGGGGUUACCAAUGUUAGUAUAUGCAUUCUGGAUCUUCCACUUCCUCUUCAUGAUCUGGAAGUGGAUUGAUAGAAAACGAGACCAAGAAUGUUACAUAUUAGAUUAUGAAUGCUAUAAACCAAGUGAUGAUAGAAUGGUUGAUACGGUGUCGUCUGGGGAGAUUAUGAAGAGGAACAAAACUCUGGGUCUGGUUGAGUACAAGUUCCUCUUGAAAGCCAUUGUGAGUUCUGGCAUUGGAGAGCAAACCUACGCACCAGGAAUCAUGUUCGCAGGAAGAGAAGAGAAUCCAACUCUUCAAGAUGGGAUUUCGGAGAUGGAGGAAUUCUUCCAUGAUAGCAUUCAAAAGCUUCUGAUCAGGUCAGGAAUUUCUGCUCAAGAAAUCGAUGUUCUCGUCGUUAAUGUGUCAAUGCUAUCAGCAGUUCCUUCUUUGUCUGCUAUGAUAGUGAAUCACUACAAGAUGAGAGACGAUAUCAAGGUCUUUAAUCUCACUGGAAUGGGUUGUAGUGCGAGUUUGAUUUCUGUCAAUGUGGUUCAAAACAUUUUCAAAUCUUACAAGAACAAGAACGCACUCGUUGUGACUUCAGAGUCAUUAACUCCAAAUUGGUAUUCAGGGAAUGACAGAUCAAUGAUUCUUUCAAAUUGUUUAUUCCGGACUGGUGGGUGUGCAAUUUUAUUGACAAACAAUCGAGCUUUGAAGCACAAAUCCAUGUUGAAACUCAAGUGUCUAGUCAGAACACACCACGGAGCCAAAGAUGAUUCUUACAACUGUUGCACGCAAGCAGAGGAUGCAGAAGGAAGACAGGGAUUUCACCUCGGCAAGUCCCUCCCCAAAGCCGCAUCGCGCGCACUAGUUGAUAAUCUGAGAGUCAUAGCUCCCAAAAUCCUGCCAAUUCCGGAGCUGAUUCGGUUCAUGGUGGUCUCACUGGUUCGAAAAUGGACCAGUACUGUUAGCUCGACCAAAGGAGGGUCUAAUUCUCCUAGGCCAGUAAUUAAUUUCAAGACCGGUGUUGACCACUUUUGUCUCCACACAGGUGGUAAGGCAGUGAUUGAUGGACUUGGCAUUAAUCUUGAAUUAUGCGAGAAUGAUUUGGAGCCAGCAAGAAUGACUCUGCAUCGAUUCGGGAACACGUCAGCUAGCAGUCUAUGGUACGUUUUGGGUUACAUGGAGGCGAAGAAGAGGCUGAAGAAGGGAGAUAGAGUGUUAAUGAUAAGCUUCGGUGCAGGCUUUAAAUGCAACAGCUGUUUGUGGGAGGUGGUGGGAGACUUUGGUGAUGGAACUAAUAAUGUGUGGAAAGACAGUAUUGAUAGCUACCCACCAAACACACUGGCUAACCCAUUCAUGGAGAAGUAUGGGUGGAUUAAUGACGAAGAUCCUUCAACAUUCGUGAUGCGUUAAAAUUUAUUUUUUUUUUUUAAAAAAAAGGAUUUUUGUUUUCUGUACACUAUUAUUCUCUUCUUCUUUCAUGUUAUUAUUGUUUAUUCCCUUUGUGGAUUUCAUCUCCCUAUGAGGUGGGAACGUAUUGGAAUGCUAUUUUUUUUUUCUUCUUGUUUUUUUUUUUUUGGCUUUUACGGAUUUGAUAUUGGUAUUGUUGUUUUUUGAAGGGGAUAUGAAGAAUUCAAGUUGUUCGAUAAAAUUUCCUUCUUUUUUUGUUUUGUUGCGUUUAAAUUUGGUGAGAGACUCCGGGUUUACACCCUGUAUACAGCGCACGCUGUUUGUGUUGUGUUUGCGUAUAAAUGAAGAGCAGUUAUUGCAAGCCCAAUACAGUUAAGGGCCAAUCAACAAAACUGGGCCCGUUAUAGAUGUCGCUGGGCUACACGCGCGUACCCAGCCUAAGCUUUGCUGUGGUCGAGUAUCCGAGCCGUUGAU